AUGGCGGCCGAUGCUGCCAACAGCACCACGUAUUACUACUACGGCGACGGUGCGGUCAGCGUCAUGGCGGUGCUCCUCCUCGCGUUUAUGGUGCUCGCCGUGCUGGGAAACGCCAUGGUGGUGCUCACAGUUCUCCGACACAGAGGCAUGCGCACGCGCACCAACAUGUUCAUCGUGAAUCUGGCAAUCGCCGAUAUCCUGGUGGCGCUACUUGACAUGCCCGUCUCAAUGGCCACCUUGCUCCGGGGUGACUGGGUCAUGGGCCGUACCUUCUGUCAAUUCAACGGCUUCACCAUGGCUCUGCUCCUCAUGUGCUCCAUACACACGCUCAUGUAUAUGAGCGUCCACAAGUACCUCAGCAUCACGCGCCCUUUCAGCCACCGGGGCGAGGGCUACCGCAAAGUGGCCGUGUUUCUCGCAGCCGCUUGGCUCUGGCCCUUCUUCUGCGCAGUCACACCAUUUGUGGGCUUGACGGAGAUCGUCUACAAGCGCGGCGCUUCCCAGUGCGGUCCGGCCUACCCGCGAGACCUGAAGAUGUACUCGCACUCGGCCCUGAUAACCAUCACCAACUACUUCAUUCCGCUCGGAGUGAUGGCCUUCUGCUACGUCAACAUCUUCCGUGUCAUCGCCGACCACAUGUCGCGCGUCAAGAGUCACAUGGGCUUGCACAACUCGGUCGUGCAGCAGAAGCGCAUCAACAUCACCCUCUUCCUUGUGCUCAUAUGUUUCCUGCUCUGUUGGACGCCGUACAUGAUCUACACCUUCUACGUCAACAGCCGCGGAUCCAAGACACACGUGCCGUACAUCCUCAACCCCGUGAGCUACUGGUUUGGAUACAUGAACUCGGCAUGCAACCCUAUCAUCUAUGCCUUCCGGAGCCCCUCCUUCAGGCACGGCUACAAAGAGAUCCUUUUCGGCAGUGCUGUGGAAGUCGUCAGCGCUGAAGGCAACGCCGCCCAUAAGUCCUGCAGCUCACAACCAAAGUCUGGAGAGGACAUACAUGCGAGCAGUAGCGGCUGCAGGGCGUCCGUGCACCGGCCCAAGACGAAGCGUUUCCUCUCACAAACAAGCUGGCUUAGUCUCCCCGGCCGCAAGGGGGGAUCGGACGUGUCCGGCCACAACAGCGGAUCCUCUCACUCUGCCCCAAGACAAGCUGACGCCAUCGCAGAAGGCUCUGAGGAAACUGCUCCUUCUGCGCUUGCUGGCCCCGACGGCGGUGGAGCACUAGCCGUGGAACACGUGUAGGGCGGCUGGAUGGCGACGCCCUUU